GCGCUUGCAUCAUUGGCAUGGAUUACAAGGAUGCCUACAUUGGUGAUGAGGCCCUGAGCAAGAAGGGCAUCCUCACUCUCAAGUACCCCAUCGAGCACGGCAUCGUCACCAACUGGGACGACAUGGAGAAGAUUUGGCACCACACAUUCUACAACGAGCUACGGGUGGAACCCGAACAGCAUCCGGUGCUGUUGACGGAGGCUCCCAUGAAUCCCAAGGCCAAUCGUGAGCGCAUGACGCAGGUCAUGUUCGAGACUUUCAAUGUUCCGGCGAUGUACGUGGAAAUUCAGGCAGUCCUGUCUCUCUACGCCUCCGGCCGCACCACGGGCAUCGUGAUGGACAGCGGCGAUGGAGUUUCUCACACGGUGCCUAUCUACGAGGGCUUUGCGCUUCCACAUGCAAUCCUUCGUGUGGACCUGGCCGGCCGUGACCUGACGCACUACCUAAUGAAGAUCAUGACUGAGCGCAGCUACUGCUUCACUACUACGGCCGAGCGUGAGAUUGUCCGAGACGUCAAGGAAAAGCUCUGCUAUGUCGCCUUGGACUUCGACGGCGAGAUGAAGGCCGCCAGCCUUGGCAGUGACAAAGAGAUGCAUUACGAGCUGCCCGACGGCAACGUCAUCACGCUGGGCUCUCAGCGCUUCCGCUGCCCGGAGGUCCUCUUCCAGCCUAGUUUUGUGGGCAAGGAGGCAAGCGGCAUGCACGACACCGCCUUCCAGUCCAUCAUGAAGUGCGACCUGGACAUCCGAAGGGACCUGUUCUCUAAUAUUGUGCUGUCCGGAGGCACCACCAUGUUCCCGGGCAUCGGUGAGCGCAUGACCAAGGAGCUCACAGUGCUGGCUCCCGCCACCGUGAAGGUCAAGGUGGUGGCGCCCAUAGAACGCAAGUACAGCGUGUGGAUUGGAGGCUCUGUCCUGGCCUCCCUCAGCACCUUCCAGCAGAUGUGGAUUUCCAGAGAUGAGUACGAUGAGAGUGGCCCGAAUAUUGUGCACCGCAAGUGCUUCUGA